AUGGGACCACCAGUAAAACGGAGGAGCCCUGGCCUGUCGGCAGUGGCAGAUCUCGAGUUCUUGGAUGCAUCUUUCAACAGAAUUUCCUCCCUCGGGCUCCACCUGAGAGGUCUAAGCAAGCUGCAUACGCUGCGAAUUGCGUCUAACAGACUGGAGACUCUCAGCGGCCUCAGCCACGCUUCGGGCGUUGUUGAGCUUCACGCACCUGGGAAUAGAAUAGAAGAACUCGGCCGUGGGCUCCGGGACAACCUCAAGCUACAAAGGGUCAAUCUCGCCUCGAACAGAAUAAGAGACCUGUCGGAAGUGUUCUACCUGACGCUACUGCCUGAGCUCAUGGAGCUGCACAUGGCUGACCUGGAUUUCAGUGCAUCGGCGAAUCCAGUUUGCAAACUGAAGAACUUCGAAACAUUCUGCAUUUACCAUCUUCCCCAUCUUAAGGUGUCAAAACAGAGCCCGGUCUCUGCUUCCCCAGCCAGCAGUCGCCCUACAGUGCAGGAAGCGAAAAUCGUGGAGGAGGCUCUGCGUGAGUCGCUCAUUGUUAAGCAGAUGGUUUUGGCCCGAAUGGAAGAACUGAAGCAGCGAGCAGAACGAAGCCUUCUGUGGGAGCACGAGAGUGCCGGAAAUGUCUUUUUCGAGAGAGGCACACCAGCUCAUGACUGGUACAACGAUGUUGUCCACCUGGUCACCAGUCGAUUCCACCUUAAGGAAUUCCAGCCGUUGAGUGUGAAAGGCGUGCAGGUGAAAGCGGUGACGAAGAUCCACAAUCGGCUGCUGGAACACCGCUUCAAUGAACAUCACGCCCGGCUAGUCGAAGAUGGCGGGUCCCGAAGCGAGGUUUUAUUCUAUGGAGUUGAUCCAGCGGCACCUCAGGAAAUGCACUGGGUCUGUCGCCGUGGCUUUUUGUCGGCUGAGAAGGCGAAUGAGAGAGGCAUUCACCCCUUUGUCCCGCUCUGUACGUCUCUCUACGGUGCGGAUGCACCUCGACUUCGUUCUUUCUUCAAGACAGAGUCGUCGAGUGCCGGAGCCCGGGAAGUUCUGCGGGCCAACGAAGAGUGGCACCUGUUCACUGAGGAUGGCUGCGUGACCGCAGAAGGCAUGGACUGGGUUUUCGAGAAGGCCACCAUGCUGUUUCCGCCUGGCGAACUUCUCAUUUGUCGGGCCAUCAUCCACCAGCCGACUCUGAGUUGCUUGAUGGUGGGCGACGACCAUGUUUGCGGACCGUCAGCGCUGUGGCAGAAGAAGCCCAUGGCGCACCUUGUGCCCUACUCAGAUGCCACGGAGGAGACAGAGGUCGAAGAUGAAGAUAAGGACGGGAUACGCGAGGCUCCCACACUGGCGAGAAGCUCUACAGCAAGCUACCGGUACAGGGAAGGCCAACCACAUGACAAGUACUGGUGGAUUCUGAGUCCUGAUGUGGUUCUGCCUCUGUAUCACGUGGUAAUUGGUUACGAGACAGAGGAACGCAGCUUCGCAUCCCCCUGGAGCGGUCGGCAGCUGAACAGAAAAAUUCCGAGUGACGACGAGAGGCGACGGCUGCCGGAAUGUAGGAAGCACGCUGGGUUGUUUGCCGAGGAUCUAGCUCACAGAAGCUCCUCAGCUCCUGUUGGGUCACUGUUCUCAUCUUCAACAGAUACGUCCCAGCCACUCGUAGCACUCGAAGCUAGGGCUGGUGAGGCACCUUCCGACGCCUGUGCUGAGGAUGAGCACGACACGUUGGGGGAGUUUUUGGAAAUACUGAACUUUUAUCGGAGCUUCGUCUCGACAAGCGGGGAUCUGACAAGAGGUUGUGGACACAGCGCGAGUUACAGAUUAGGGAAGCAACUCGACGGGGGCACCUCCGCUUGCGACGGGAGCGAAAGUGGUAUGGAUGAUUAUAGGAGCUCCUCAACUGAGGAACGGACAAUGCCUUUGCGAACCGCUGCUGGAUCUCAAAAAAGAAGUCAAGUUUAUCUGCCACCUCGGUCAUGUCAAACGCAAGCUUCUGACGGCUUUGGAGAUAGGUCUGCGUACCGAACACAUGGCUUGCUGCUUGGAGGACGAGGUGUUUUGAAUGAGGCGACACUGUGGGGUCACGAUGGAGACCAACUUCGCCGAGCCUUGAAGAUAAACUCAGAGACCGACUACAGGAGUAUGACGUCGAUCGAAUUGCCUAACGCUGGUCUAAUUGCGAUAGAACCGUCGCUCCUGGAGAGAGCCCACCAGCUGCGAGAACUUCGGCUGCCGUGGAACAAGAUUAAGUCCUUUGAAGACAUUUUGCCAUGCGUUGGAGACACUCCACAUCUCUUUCCCAGACUCACUCUGCUUGAUGUCUCUUUCAAUGAGAUCAAAGAUGUUCCCGCCUUCAUCUGGGCUCCGGAUCUUCGUACACUCGAUGUGUCCUUCAAUGAGAUUUCAGACGUUCAGAGCAUUAAAGUCAUUGCUACGCGAGCCCCGAAUAUCGAAGAACUGCGGAUCAAAGGGAACCCGGUGGCCUGUGUUGAUUCUGCGUCGGAGUCCUUCUGCGGCGCUCUCCCUCGCCUCCUCAGCUUCGAUGGUGAUGCUCUUCGGAAAACUGCUUCUAGUGACAGAAAUUCAGAUGCACUGACAAACAAGUCGCUUUCCUCUGAGUCAGCCCUCUCUACAUACGACUUGUUACCUUUCUGCUACCUGUGCCCUCCGGCAAUGGGCGUGAACUCGAGGCAACCAGAGGAGCACGGAAUGCUUUGCUCUCGUGCAGUUCUGUCUGUGAAGAAGGCGUUCGAACUUAAAGCCUCCUGCGGCUCAGAAAAAGGCGAACACACCUCGCCUCUCCAUGCUUCAGGCGCUGCAUGCGCUUGGACGGAGACAGGAAAUUCUGCAGCUGAAAUGGGCGCCAUGCAUCUGUCCCCGGAGUUUGGCCUUCUGACUCGCAACUUCCUACACGGCCUAAGUAGAGUAAACUGGCCUGCGUACAUCAACUGCAUUGAACUGCCUAGCCAGAAAUUGUCGACAGUCCCUGACUUGCGCAUCUUUUCAAAUCUCAGAAGGGCCGUUCUGAGCCAUAACAAGCUAUCGUCCCUUCAGCCGCUUCUCGCGUGCGCGAAGCUGGAAACCGUGAUCGCUUCUGACAACUUCCUCGUUGAUCUUGGAGAGCUGUACCAGCUGCAGGAGCUCCGGCACCUCGAUGUAGCGCAGAAUAUGAUAAAGGAAUUCCCUUCCUCACUUGACGCUCCCAGGAAGCUGUGUUUUCUUGCACUGGAGAACAACCUCAUUGAGCAUGUUUCCAACCUAGAACUAUUCGACAACCUUACGCAACUCUUCCUAUCUUACAAUCGACUCUCAGAUUUUCGGUCGAUCAUUCACUUAGGAAGUCGUGGUGGACUGAAGGUCCUCGACUUGGCCGGGAAUCCCCUAUGCAGGCUUCCAGACUAUCGCGACUACACGCUUUACCUGUUGAAUGGUCUGAAGAUCCUCGAUGGCAUUGCUGUGAACUCAAAACACCAGGUCCAGAUACGGGAGGCCUUCUCGGGAAAGGUGACAGCGGAGCUGCUCGAGCAGCUCCUUGGCAGUGCGCCACCCUACGCGGCUGAAUCUGUGGACCUAGGAGACCGCAACCUCCGCCAUCUGGGAGACGUCAUAACUUCGUUCAAUUUCCCAAACGUCAAGGAAAUGAAUCUGGACGGGAACUUGCUGACAAGUCUCGCUGGCGUUGAGCAUUUGCCCAAGCUGGAGGUUCUCUGCAUCAACCGCAAUCGCGUGGAAAUCCGAGGUCGCAGCCUCGGAGGAGUGUCCUUGAACGACACACGUCACUUUCCGAACCUUCAGAACAUUGUCGAACAUCAGCCCCCUUCCAAGCUUGAAAUUCCUCAAUGUUGCAAGGAACAGGAUCAAAGACGUUGUGGAGGUGGAAAAGCUCAUCGAUCUGUCUUCACUUCGAUAUCUUCUAUUUUACGGCAAUCCAGCAAGCAGCGUCGCAUCGUAUCGAGUCCACGUGCUGCAUUACCUACGGCACCUAGCAGAGUUAGAUGCGAAGUCUCCAACUAA